UCACAUAAUAUAAAUAUAAAUUGUCAAGCAAAAUUGAGCACGAGUUGUUGUUACUUUUCCACCAAAGCAGCGAGCACACACAUUUCGCUUCUUCGUAAUUUUAUGGGUGCGUAGGAUAACCAAAGCAGCGCACUAUAGCCACCCCUCUCCAUUUCACCAUCAUCAUCAUCAUCACCAUUCAUCCAUCCAUGCUUGGAGUACUCUGCGCCACUUCUCGUCCUAAGCCAUGGAUCCUGUCCUUCCUCCAUGCUGCACCACCGCCUCACCACGGCACCCGCAUCGCCUCCGCCGCCGCGCCGCGCUAUCUCCUCCACUCCAACGCUUGUAAUCUCCGCCCUCACUCCAGCGCCUGUGACCUCCGCACCUCCGGCGCCGCCUCCAUAUGGCACGCUAUCAUGCCUUGCGGCGGCGACGGACGCCUCGCGCUCCACCACGACCUCGACCUCAAAGGCGAGGGGUCGUGGAAUGUUGCCUGGGACGCGCGUCCUGCUAGGUGGCUCCACCGCCCUGACUCGGCUUGGCUCCUCUUCGGUGUCUGCGCCUGCCUUGCGCCGCCGUUUUGCCCUGACGUUUAUCCCGAGGUUACGGCACCGGCGCCGGCGGCUGCUGACGAUAGUUCCGAGGGAGGUGAAUUGAAGAGUGUGGAGUGCGUUAAGGAACGCGAUGAUGAAGCCUCUGCUGCUGCUGAUUACAGAGUCACUGGGGUGCUUGCUGAUGGUCGGUGCCUGUUCAGAGCAAUAGCUCACGGAGCUUGCUUGAUAAACGGAGAAGAAGCGCCCGAUGAGAACCGUCAGAUGGAACUGGCUGAUGAGUUGAGGGCUAAGGUUGCGGAAGAAUUGUUGAAUAGGCGUGAGGAAACUGAAUGGUUUAUAGAAGGAGACUUUGAUUUAUAUGUGACAAGAAUGCAAAAACCUUGUGUCUGGGGUGGGGAACCUGAGAUAUUGAUGGCUUCUCAUGUUUUGAAGACUCCAAUAUCUGUAUUCAUGAGAGAUACAAGCUCUACUGAGAUAGUAAACAUAGCAAAGUAUGGUGAAGAAUAUAGGAAUGGUAAAGAUAUUUCCAUCAACGUGUUAUUUCACGGGUAUGGACACUAUGAGAUACUAGAGACCUGACCCAAAUUUCCUUAAAAAGUAAACACAUUGCAGUAGAACCUCAAGUUCCGUUGAUCAUGCGGUUUAAGACGCAUAAAGAGAGUUCUUUAAAUUUUUUGGCCAUCCAGGGAUUUGUUUCACUGAAUUUAGUGGAUUUUUUUUCAACAACUGUAUUUUGAGCCGCAGGGAACUUCAAUUCAAGUAAUAGGCAUUUGUGAUUUUUGUAGUUUGCCUACUUUCUUAUGAUGUUUAAAAUUUAGUAUACUACAAUAAUCAUUAGGGGGUGAGAAAUUAGAAUAUUGACAAUAAAUAAAUAUUUGUUACAAAUAA